AGGAGUACGACCUCUGUAAUGCUUUUCUACAAAUAUUCAGCCAAAACGAGGAUGUCGGGUGGGCCAAUCCAGCCCUGGGAUUGGUUUUGAAAGACUUGCGUGUUCUUGCAGACCAAGCGGACAUGGGAAAAUCCGGGAAAAACGAGUAUAAGGAGAAGUCUGGUAGGCUGAUGAUGAAGCUGCUUGCACCGGCUUGUAUGGACAGAGACGAAUCAGAGAGUUCGCGGCGCUGGGCAUCAUUGUCUGUUGCCAACAAUCUAUUCAAGCUGUUCUCCAAGCUCAAUCUGAGCAUGUGUGACCAAACACGGGCGACGAUAUACAACAAUUUCAACGAUGCGUAUAUAAAUGCGAAGUUUCCUAUAUCGCACGUCACGACCUUCCGAUAUCUUGUGGGGUACCAACAUCUCUUCAAAGGCGACUAUGACGAGGCCCGCAUCCAGUUUGGAUAUGCAUUCGAUUUCUGUUCGCGACAGUUUCCGAAAAAUGUACAACUUAUACUUGUGUAUUUGAUUCCCUUGAAUCUGCUCAAGGGCACAUCACCCACAGACAGUCUGCUGAAGCUCUACAAGCUGGAUCAAUAUAAAAAUAUUGCUCGUGCAUUGAAAGCAGGCGAUGUCAAGGCGUUCAACACAGCGCUCGAGGAUCAAGAAUUCUUUUUAGAAAAAAGGGGCUUGUUCUUAUUGAUGGAGAGGCUCAAGACCCUCACGUAUCGCAACCUUCUCCGAAAAGUGUGGCUGAUUAAGGUCAAGGAGUGUCAGUGGACAGGUACCCCUUUUAACGGCCGGAUCAGGCUGAAAGAGUUCCAAGUUGCUCUUCAAUACGUGCAUUGCAACUGCUCAUUCGAAGAGGUGGAAUGUAUUGUGGCUGUUCUUGUUUUCAAG